CCCCUCUAAUAAAUGGCCGAAAUUGUCACUUUAUCACGUUAUCUGUAGCUUACUUCCAAUUGCUAUUUAGCAUCUUAACUGACUUAGCAGAAAUGUAUUUGGUCACCAUGGCAAUAUAUCGCCUCUGUUAAAACAUUUUGAAUUAACAAGCGCGCACUUUCUCGCCUCCACACCACAGACAGCUUCCAGAAACCACUUCACGCCCCCCAGUCAGCCACAUCCCAGCGCCCGGUGGACUGCCCCACCACCACCACCUCCUCCUCCUCACUUCAUCCCACUCCCCUCCUCCUCCUUUUACACACCGGCUCGCAACCACCCACCCAGCCAGUCACCUCAAGUCCGACCGGCCGGCUGGAACGGAGGCAAACAAACAGACCAGCCAGGUCGAUCCCGUCGCGUUUUUUCCUCUUCUGGCUCAUCAAAGAGACACCGGAGCAGAAAAGGAGAAUGACAAGCCGGUGCUUGGAUCAGCACUGAGUUUGGUCAGCACAUUGAGAGCUCCUCCGACCCGUUUCCAAGUCCGUUUCUCCCGGCUUAGAGUCACGUUUUCACCGCUGACACAAUGGGCUGCUGCAGCGGGCGAUGCACCCUCAUCUUUAUUUGCACUUUACAGUUGGUGUUGGCCUUAGAAAGACAGGUUUUUGACUUCCUGGGUUACCAGUGGGCCCCAAUCCUUGCCAACUUCUUCCACAUCAUCAUUGUCAUCCUCGGCCUCUUUGGCACCAUCCAGUAUCGGCCGCGCUACAUUGUGGUGUAUACAGUAUGGGCCGCUCUGUGGGUGGCCUGGAACGUCUUCAUCAUCUGUUUCUACCUGGACGUAGGAGGCCUGUCCAAGGACAGUGACCUGCUAACAUUUAACAUCUCAGCCCAUCACUCUUGGUGGAGUGAACACGGGCCGGGCUGCGUGAGGAGAGAGAUGCCGCAGGCUGCAGGGGUCCGCACCACAGAGAGCCACUCCUACAUCACUGUCAUGGGCUGCCUCAUGGACUACCAGUACAUCGAGGUUGUGCAUAGCGGCACACAGAUUCUUGCUGCUCUCCUGGGCUUCGUGUACGCCUGUUAUGUUGUCAGCGCCAUCACUGAGGAGGAGGACAGCUGUCUACGUAAAUAGGAGAACGUCCAUCGAGGGAGGUGACACAGCAAAUUCCCACGGAGAAGAAAUGGCUGUUUUGACGCAAAUGCCCCAGUGCACCGGGGCACGCCAGACAUUCCUCCCCUUCUUGAUUUCAGUACUCUAAACAUGUCAUUUACUGGUGUGCUUCCCAGAAAAGCCAACACUUCUCAGUUAGGGUCCAUUGUUUUCCAGGGAGGGAUGACGGGUUCGGGGAAAAAGGGGGGAUUACAGUGUAACAAAGCCUCAUAUUGUGUGUUUAGGGAAGUAUCAAUCAUUUUCUUUGUAUUGAGUUCUCUGCUGAGGUCCCAUUGCUGUGACCUGCCUGUAAUGGUUUCAUACUCCCCAAGAACAUGCAUAUAGAACAUGUACAGCCUAUAAAUACACUGUGUAUGUAAUCAGGGACUGCCCAGCAUUCCCAGUCUGUGGUACUGUGUCUUAGAGGACUCAGUGAUUUAGCAUGUUAUUGCUGGUUUGGAUCAGAUUUUGGCCGGAGGGCUGAAUUACAGUGGAGCCUGUGGAAUGAGCUAUUGUGCGCUGCCUGUUUACUUUAGGCCAGGAUCUCUGUGCAUAAAUACACGAGCAAAAGCAGGAAGAGGCAGGGGAGUGGAGGAGGAGGUAGAGGGAGGGAAGGGAACAAAAGCACCAAACCUACAGGGGCAUCUAUCAAAAAUAGAAAAUGUAAAUAAUGAAACAAGUGGGAACGGGGUGUGUUUUGGAUUUAGAGAUUGAAAUGUGAACUAAUAAGAAUGCCAAAAGAGCGUUAGCGUGCAAGAGGUGUUCAAACACAGGGAGUCUUAACUUUUUAUGUCUGGAGUCUUAUUAUUGUGACUGUUUUCACCAACAGCCGAGUCAGGAGCUGAAGUGUCAGGUGUUUCUUAGAAGAUGUGCUGAAAGCUUCUGUUUUUCCUUUCAGUUCGUCUCCUCUUAACUACUGACACAUCGGGCUGCCGAGGGGGGUGAUCAUUACACACACUCAAAGCAAAGGUUACACAGCGUAUAUAUUUAACUUUGAGAAAACAAUAUAAAUUGUUUCGCUAUUCGUAUUGCACACAGCGUUGUUGAAAUGUAUGGGUACGGUCUCCGGUGUAGAAGUAGCAAGGCCGUACCCGAGUGAACCGGAGCGCUGUCUCCUGUCAGUUCAACAGUUUAGCUCCUCAGUGGUGACAGUCUCAGCUGUGAUUGUUUUAUAGCAUGUUUUUUUUAAAGGGUUUGUAUUGUAAGUGUGUGUAUAACAUAUUAAUGAGUAACUGAGAUACUGAUGUCCUCGACUCUGCUGAUUUUAUUUUAUCCAGCAACGUAACGCAUCUUUUUCUUUAAGUGCACACACGUAGGUCAUAUCUCCUACACUGAUUCAUAGCACUUUUUUAGCUAAUAUUAUCCCUUUGUCAACAUCUCUGACUAAAGUCAAUUUGAGUCACAUUCCCUGGCGCCUUACUGUUUGUGUGGAUCACUACUGCUCUCUGGUGUUGGAAGUGUUCAUGUACAAGCUGCAAGGCUUCUGAGCUUCUGCUACAGGUAUGCUCUUUCAUAAAUCUCCAUGUUUUGUCAGCACCUUUUUUAUGUGUGUGCAGAGAACAGUAAAUCUUCAUAUACUUUAAUUUUGCUGGGUAACUGUCAUGUAGGAGGAGUCAGCGUUUUGCCCUGGUUGUUUGAAUGUUACACUCUUUAUCAUUUUUUUUUCUUUUUUUUUUACCCACUACAUUUGAAUCCAGAACACUUUCAGUAUGUUAGUUGUUUGAUGACAGCAUUUCUUGGUGCUAACUUUAAAAUUGUCUGCUUGGUUUAUUUUUAAUCAAAGGAGUUGUGAACAAAGUAGUAUUUAUUUUUUGUUCCCUGUCUGUUGUCCAUACCUAAAAAUAGCCUGCUCUGUGAUAUUUGAUGUUCUUCACUGCCAGAUACAGUCCACACGCUGUUAAGAUCCUGAAAAUCAUCCGACCACUUCUGCUGGCUUAUUUUCAGAAUGAUGAGUGUGAACCAUUUUGAUUUGAUUGGUCACAUCUCUUGUUUUUUGGCAAGAUGCAAUAAUUUAUGUCAUUAUUGUCUUUUAAUAAUUUAAUAUUCACACACUCCUGGUAGGCUAACUGGUGUAUGGAUUAGUGAAAACACACAGCAUAUGGAAACAUAAUCAGUAUUAGUAGUAAAUGCUACUAAAAUCGUUAUGUAAAAACAAGUCUUCCUCUCAGUGCAAUACAGCCUCUUAAACCCCAGUAACUGGAAAUUAGUUGAAACCUUUUACGGUUGUGUAUGUAUGUGCCAGUCUCCACUGAAGAUUCCACCUGUUUGUAGAUAAUUCUCUUUCUUUGUAUAGAAAGUGGAAAAGAUCUCCUUUUUUUGUAUUUCUCUCUACUAUUUUGUGUCCUGUGUUGCGCCCCGCCCCAUGUGACCUGAUUGUGUAAUCCUAUUUAUCCAGAACUUGUGCUUUGUGUUCAUGUAAAUAGGUGUUUGUUAAUAAAAGAAUGUGCUCUUUUAAUGAU